ACGAGCGGUCCAGACGAGCCUGCAAACGCCCUCCUGUCUGUGUGUCUCUGUGUCUGCCCCGCGGAGCUCCGAGCCGCCCGCCCCGGGGAACAUCCGACCCCCGAGAAACACAGCAACUCACCCCGGACUAACACUCUGCGCCUCGGACCAGAAAGCCUCACUGCGGGCGCCCUCUGACUUGUAUUUUUCCCUGUGCAAAAGAUCGUGAAGAAAUGACUCGGGACUCUGGGAACUAACUGGCUAGCUAUUAUGCUAACGCGGAUUAGCUUCGUUAGCAGUCCGCUUGUAAACUAGCCGCGUAACCAAGUCAACUGUUAUUUGCGGAUUUUUAGUUUUUUGUGUGUGAUUAAAUCGGUUGUUUGUACCGGUAAACACAUCACGAUGCCGUCGGUGUAGCUUAGCACGUUUAUAACCGCUGAUUUAUGGCGUUGUUUUGUUCUUUGGUUAAGUUUUCUAGUGCCAGACAGUCGUGAGGGCAGUUAGCAUGUCGGCUAGCAGGAAUCAACGGUGUUUGCGGGCUAGUUGUAGAAGCCACAUACGCCAGCCGAGUUAACCGCGUCAUGUAUCCGCACUUUCGAUAAACUGGUAACCCAACUUUCUACCGCGCUUAGACAAAAUACCUCAACACCCAAGCCUACAAAAAAAAGCACUGAUUAUCCAUCUUUCCUUCAUGUCCGUGAGAUCAGUUCAAGUUGUUGAGCUGACGUGAGGAAAAGUGGCGAAAAUCUCAUACCGGGAGUGAAGCAGGACUUUUAAUACGAAGUUCGAGGCCAGUGUCCAUGGAGACAGUCACUGCAAUGGGCCGCAUCACCUCCAAGUCUCUGGCCAAAUUUGGGAUCUGCCUGACUAUCCUCCUCACUUCCGUGGCUGCGGCCCAAGGUGAGGAGCGGGAGUGUGCCUUCACAGACCAGCAGCAGCAGUUGGAGGUGGAGCGCGUGGCGGGGGGCGAGGGCAGAGUGUCUCCGGAGAACACCACCAUCCGCUGCUCCAAGGGCAGCCACUGCUUCGGCCUGUGGGAGAAGAGCCCGGGACAAGUGCGGCCGGUCAAGCAAGGUUGCUGGCCGUACUUGGGUGAUCGUCAGGAGUGUCGUGAAGACCGCUGCGUCGUGACCAACCUCCCGCCUCAGAUCCAAAAUGGCACCUACCACUUCUGCUGCUGCGGUAGUGACAUGUGCAACAUCAACUUCACCGAGGACUUCCCCCUGCCCAGCCCCACCACCGCACAACCCGUCACCCCGCGAGCCCUACGCUGCGAAGAGACAAUAAUUAUCGCCCUGGCAACAGUGACCGUGAUGGUGGUGGUUGCCGUAGCAGCUUACUUUGGCUACCGCAUGAUGCACGGAGAUGGUAAACAGGGCCUGCACAAUCUGAACAUGAUGGAAGCCGCCGGAUCGGAGAGCUCCCUGGAUCUGGACAGUCUCAAACUGCUGGAGCUGAUCGGUCGCGGUCGAUAUGGCACGGUUUACUGCGGUUCCUUAGACGAGCGGCCGGUCGCUGUAAAAGUGUUCACCGCGGCCAAUCGGCAAAACUUCCUCAACGAGUGCUCCAUCUACCGGCUCCCUCUGCUGGAACACGACAACAUUGCACGCUUUGUGGCUGCGGACGAGCGAACGGGACCAGAGGGGAGGACGGAGUACCUCCUUGUGAUGGACUACUACCCACAUGGCUCCCUGAGUCACUUCCUGAGCGCCCAGACCAACGAUUGGGUCAGCAGUUGUCGUCUGGCUCACUCCGUCACCCGCGGCCUGGCCUACCUGCACACGGAGCUGUUUAAAGGAGAUUUGUACAAGCCCGCAGUCUCCCACAGGGAUCUGAACAGCCGGAAUAUUCUUGUCAAAGCAGACGGCACAUGUGUCAUCAUCGACUUCGGCUUGUCUAUGAAGCUGACGGGAAACAGGCCAGCACGUCACGGCGAGGAGGAAAACGCUGCUAUAAGUGAAGUGGGUACGAUCCGCUACAUGGCCCCUGAAGUGCUGGAGGGAGCGGUGAAUUUGAGAGAUUGCGAGUCCGCGCUUAAGCAAGUGGACAUGUACGCUCUCGGACUGGUCUACUGGGAAACGUUCAUGAGAUGUACAGAUCUGUUCCCAGGAGAAUCAGCGCCAGAAUACCAGAUGGCUUUCCAGGCGGAGGCAGGGAACCACCCGACGUUUGAGGACAUGCAGGUCCUUGUGUCCAGGGAGAAGCAGCGGCCCAAAUUCCCAGAAGCCUGGAAAGAGAACAGUCUGGCUGUUCGCUCUCUGAAGGAGACGAUGGAGGACUGUUGGGAUCAGGAUGCAGAGGCUCGACUCACUGCUCAGUGUGCGGAGGAGCGACUGGCUGAACUCCUCCUCAUCUGGGACCGAUCAAAAUCUGUCAGCCCCACCCUCAACCCCAUGUCCACCACACUGCACAACGAGAGGAAUCGCAUGACACCAAAGUCCGGACAGUACACAGACCAUCCCUCCACUUACAUAGAGGAGCACGAGGGCGUGGCCAAAAACACACAGGCCGACAGCACUAAUGCUGUGAAUGGCAGAGCAAUGGGUGGGGAGAGGAACCGAAACUCUAUCAACCAGGAGAGGCAGCAGCAGGCCAACGCACGUCUGCCCAGCCCAGAGGGCAGCAGCACCAGUGGGCCAGGGAUGAGAGGAAGUCCCUCAACCACAACCACCACCACCAUUUCUGAGUCUGAGGGGCCCACUGUAGCAGCCACUGUCCCUGUGUGUCUGCACCUGACCCAAGAGGACCUGGAGACCACCAAGCUGGACCCCAAAGAGGUGGACAAGAACCUCAAAGAGAGCUCCGAUGAGAACUUGAUGGAGCACUCCCAGAAACAGUUCUGCUCUCCAGACCCGCUUAGCCCCGGCAGCUCCAGUUUACUCUAUCCACUCAUUAAAAUGGCUAGUGAAGUGUCCGGCCCCUCCGAGCCCCCCGCCCCCAUUCCAAGCACCAUCUUCCCCCUGCCCAAGCAACAGAACCUCCCCAAGAGGCCGUCCAGCCUUCCCCUGCGCAACAAGCCCGCUAAGAAAGAGUCCUCCUCACUGAGGUUUAAGUUCGGCCGCUCGGGGAAAUCUAACCUACGGCAGGUGGAGGGGAACAAGGUGAACACUGGAGUAGUGGUGCCCGCUCACACUGUGGCAGAGCCCCAUAGGCCCAACGGCACCAACAAUCUACCCGUCCUGAGAGACGUGCACGUGAACGGAGCUGUGAACGGAGCCGUGAAUGGCCACGCCAGCACCAUCUCCACCAUCAGCAGCGGCUCCACGGGCUUCAGCCAGAGCACGGGCGUCCUGAGGUCCGACGACAGCCGCCUCAGCCUCGGGGUCAUCACUGCCAGUCCAGACGAACACGAACCCCUCCUGAGCAGAGAGCGGGAGCCUCUGGACCCCUCCACGCUGCGCUCGGCUCGACCCAACACUAACAACAACAACAGUAACACGGGCCACGGCCAGGGCAACGGAGAGGGCGAAGGGGAGAGCGACGCGGAGGAGGAGGGCAACAACACAGAGGGACCAGGCAGAGAAAGCACAGGACCCCCAGGAGAGAGCUCCGGGCUGGGCAGCACACAGGGGGACGCUCCGGUCUCCAUGAGAGGAGAGGCUCUGCUCCGACAGCCACGCGCACGCCGGCCCGAGAGACCCAACUCCCUGGACUUGUCCUUCACCACUAUGGACCUGGCCUCUCUAGGGGAGGGCCUGGUUCAGCCAGAUGGGGCCCUGGGUUCAGGAGAUAAAAUCAAGAAACGCGUCAAAACGCCUUAUUCAGUGAAAAAGUGGCGGCCGACUACAUGGGUCAUCCCCACAGACACGCGCGAGCCGGAGGUCAAUAACAACGGCUCCACCCGCGGGCCAGGGCACAGGGACAACCGGCCCAAGUCCAGUUCGGCUUUGUAUCUGCGAGGGGGGGGCAGUGACACCCACGUGUGACUCCAGACCCCCACGGCACUCAAAAGCACCAGAGCGGUUGGGUUGUGUGUGAGCUCUCGAGAGGAUGCUGUGUACAGUUCUAGGUCUAUCGCUCGUGUGUGUCUUUGACGAUGGCAUUGCUUUAAAUGGAAUCCAGCUAUGCAGCAUUCUCACGUGCUUCUUUUGUCUCCAUGCGUUCGUUCAUCAGCCCCUCUUUGGUUCUCAUCACUUGAACUGUUCCAAACUCGAGCAUAGCAUCAUUUUAAGUUUUUUGUCUGUGCACUUUGAAUGAGAAAAUCAGUGUUUUAGAGAGAGAAAAAAAAAUUAAUCCUGUCUGACACGACCAUGACAAAAAGUGGUCUCUAAACUUAGAAAGGCAAAAACAAGCAUCACCACUCAGAGCGUUCAUCCUUCCUGUUUCGCUGAAUCACGCUCUGUAAAAAAAAAACAAAAAAAAAUCUCGGUCUUAAAAGACAGAACAAACCAUUUGAAUUUUUUGUAUUUUUAUUAAUGUGUAUGCAAUCUCCUUUUGUCUAUGUAUUCAUUUUGUACCAUGAUUUUUAACUGUGCAAUAGGAGUUAGCUUUUAGGUGCUUUUUAUGUUUUUUAUUUUUUUCGUUUUCUCCCCUCGUCAUGUUUUGUCAAUCAUUCUUGCACUUAUGAAUAAUCACAAUCAUAUGUAAACUACAUGUAUCCCUAAAUCAUGAGGAGACGAAGGACGACAAUCCCUUAUCCCAUCUUCUCCGAACGGCUUUUUAAGUACAAAAUAUCCCCCAGUCCUUAUUAACUCGAGAAGUGGAUUUUUUCCCUCGUAACUUCUGCUUGCACAAUUCCACAAGAGUCCUACUACUACUACACUACAAUCACCAGUAUGUAAUCUACGGGGCGGGGGGGGGGGGGGGUCUUUUACAAUGGCCCGCUGUUUAACUUGCUGUACCGCGAUCACCUGACCUCACUGUGGACUGUGUGUGUGACUGAAACACUAUAUAAAGCCCAGAUCUGCUCCUUUUGAAGAGAAAAAAAAAACCCCGAACCCGUCUGAAGCACGCUGGAGUUUAUUUUCUCUGCUUCUCUCUCUCGUUUCAUCCAGUUUUCGAGUGAUAUAUUUGUGUGCGAGGACUGUCCGUUUUCCUUCUGUAAUCUCGGCGCUGCUUCAGGGCAUAUGGAAAAAGAAUCUCAUUUAUGUUUUUGUAAUCUGUAAUUUGUAAGAAAAAAAAACCUUAUGUAUGUGUAUUACUGCAUUCAUAUUUGCAUCAUUUUUAUGAAGUUGUGUUAUGCAUUCAAUGGACACGGCCUUUCCAUUGCUAUGCGUCCUGUUCGGUACCGUUUCUGUAAACAUUUUUGAGUCAAUAUGAAAAUAAAUCUCGAAUAAAUGUC